UAAAAGAGUUCUAAAAUGGAGUGCUGGGAUAAUAAAUUAGAUGAGAACACUAUAGGAAAGGGCGAUUGUAGAAUUUGUGAGAAAAAUGUUGGUAAACAUGGAGUGUACCUUGAAACGGAGACAGGAGAUAAUGUCCAAACCUUUGCCGAAAUCUAUUUGUAUUUGUUUGGAAUCGAGCCACAAUAUGGAUCGCAAAGACUCUGUUGGAACUGCUCAAAAGCGCUAGUAUCAGCCUAUCAACUAAGAAAAAAGAUAGAAGAACAUGAAAAGGCGUUUCGUAAGUACCAUGAGAAAACUGGAAGUAAUUUGAAAACUUCCGCUAAGUGGAGUCCAAUCAAACAAGAACCGGACAUAGGAGAAGAUCCUAUAACAGAGCCGAUAGAAGUCAAGUUUGAACCGAUUGUACCACUUGAAAUGGAAGUUUCUGACGACGAAAUAAGUGAAUAUGAAGUCAAAGAAGGCGAAGACGAAGACGAAGAAGAAGAAGAAGAAGAAGAAGACGAAGACGAAGAAGCAGAGGAAGAAGAAGAAUCGGAUGAGGAAGAAGUACCAGUAAGAGCCAAGUACAAGUACAAGCCAACGAAAAAGAAAAAAGGAAAACGGCAUAAGCCGAUCGAAGGCGAAGUAAUUCAAUGUGUUCUUUGUGAUUAUAAGAGCACAGUCCGCGAUAAUUUUCAAAAGCAUAUACUCAGGAUUCAUAAUAGACAGGAAAUGAUUUGCGACGGAUGUGAUGAAACGUUUCAUCUGAUUUAUCAUCUGGAAGGUCAUCGGCGAGACGUUCACAAAUUUACCCAUAAAUAUGUAGUGAAUUUGAAGCCAUUGCCAGAAGGCAGCUCCGAUAAAAAGUCACAAACAGAGGACGAAAUGAUAUAUUGUCCGCUCUGUGAUUACAAAAGUAAUGUCAAAGGCAACUAUCAGAAACAUGUACUCAGGAUUCACAAUAGACAGGAAAUGAAAUGCGAUGGAUGUGAUGAAAAAUAUCAUUUGAUUUAUCUACUGGAAGACCAUCGGCGUGAAGAUCAUGAUUUUACGCAUCCAUAUGUAGUUGACGAGUCACUAAAACUAAAAACGUUCGAAAGAAGAGUUCGUAUUAGUUUGAAUGGGAAAGACGAUUCAAUGGAUAAUGAAUUCGCAGAGAAUCAGUUUACGUGUCCUCUAUGCCCUUAUAGCAGUGCGAGGCACUCUCGUUUUGCCGAUCACUACCGAAAAAUGCAUGACAAUUUAGAAAUGACAUGUGACGGCUGCUCCGCAAAAUUUCACUUGUUUUACCGUUUGCUAGCACAUCGCAAACUCGAUCAUAAGUUCGAGCACGAGUACAAGGUUCCGGAAUCGAUCAAGUUUGAGGACCAACAUAAAAAGGAGCAACGCCGAUUAGAAAAAGGGCAAAAUUUUCCUUGUCCUCAGUGCGAUCGAUGGUUCACCGAGAAACGUAAUGUGGCCAAGCACCUUCGUGUUGUACACAAAUACAUAAAGUAUAAGAUUCCAAAAAUGGAAAUCAAGAUAGAAGAAGGAGCUGAUCCGAAAACGGCAAAGAAAAAGUACAUUUACCCCACAUACAAAGUGAUUUGUAACUUUUGUGGGAAACUCUUCCCAAACAGCUCAUUGGAGAAUCACAUUCGAAACAUGCAUCCAGAACAACGAGAUCCUUAUAUAUGUGCGUACUGCAGCGAGCCAUCCAAAACAAAAAGUGUGCUCCUUGUGCACAUGUACAGAGCACAUCAUUUUGACGUUAAAAUACCGAAGCAACAACAGAAAGCUGCUAGUGCUUCCAAAGAAUCGCGACUUAAUGGAGCAAUCAAGACUCCUCAGGGAACGGUUGAAUAUGUGUGUAGAUAUUGUCCAGAAAGUUUUCCAUUCAAAAUAAGUCGAAAGAGGCAUGAAAUUCACAUUCACACUUUGGAGUAUCCAUUUACUUGUGAUUUGUGUGACAAAAAGUUUAUUGUUAAAUUUGAAUUCAAACGGCAUCUUGAGAGACAUAUGGAAGGCAAACGAUUAAGUUGCUCUAGAUGCCAGACUUGUGGACAACAUUUUACAAAACGAAAGUUAUUGGAAAGGCACGUAUGUUCUCAGGCGUAUCCCAGUGACUCAAUACCAGAUCAUUUGCAACAUUUUGCAGCUUUUCGAUAAAAUUAAUAUUACAAAAAAAAAAAAAUAAAUAAAUAAAAAAGGACGAAAUACAACAAUACCAGUUUUU